GUUCAACUUUAGCCAGCACCGUAGGAGCAAUUUUGUAUUAGCUCUUACUGCUGCGUAGUAGUAUGUUUCGCACCUUGCUGACGCAUUGGCUUUACCUGUUCUAGUCGAGCACGGAAGAGUGCGCACACCAAUCAUGGAAGAAGAUCAUGGAGAAGAGCAGAAGCUAUUCGAAGCGGUGCCGUCUGACAUGGACGCCGAAGAGAGCGAGCCUUCUGUUCAGCCUGUUGCCGAGGAGCCCUCUGUUAUGUCCGUGUCAGCGAGCAAUGCCAAGCCUAUGGAGACGGAGUACAGCGGACACUAUGAGUGGGAGAUACGCAACUUUCACAAGCUUCCGGAGAGGCAGACGUCGGAAAUUUUCGAAGUGGGCACCUACUUAUGGCGACUGCUCUGCUUCCCACGUGGAAACGCCCAGCCCUUCAAGCAUGUCUCGGUGUUUCUGGAGUAUCCGGAGGCCACCUACACACCCCCGGCCCUCAGCCCCCGCGCUUCCUUCAAACUAAUCAUAAAGAACCACAAGGAUCCCAGCAAGAACUUCAUGAAGGACGCCUCCCACGUCUUCACAUGCGAACAAGUUGACUGGGGCUUCGGCCAAAUGGUGCCCCUGGUGGACAUCACCCCCGCCUCCGGCUACCUCCGAGAGGACGGCACGCUGACCAUCCGCGUCGAAAUCACAAUUCAGCGGGACGAGCGGUACCUGUACGACAGCCGCGCUGAGACGGGCUACGUGGGGCUGAAGAACCAGGGGGCCACGUGCUACAUGAACUCCCUGCUGCAGUACCUGUACAACAUCCCGUACUUCCGCAAGGCCGUGUACCACAUGCCGGUUCCGGAGAACGAGGAGCCCAGCAAGUCGCUGCCGGUGGCGCUGCAGAGCCUGUUCUACAAGCUCCAGUACUCCCGCUCCGCGGUGUCCACCAAGGAGCUCACCAAGUCGUUCGGGUGGAACACGUACGACGCCUUCAUGCAGCACGACGUGCAGGAGCUCAACCGCGUGCUGUGCGAGAAGCUGGAGGAGAAGAUGAAGAACACCAAGGUGGAGCGCGCCAUCAACGAGCUGUUCGAGGGGCACACCGCCAACUUCCUGCAGUGCAUCCACGUGGCCUACAAGAGCACGCGCAAGGAGAGCUUCAUGGACCUGCAGCUGGAUGUGAAGGGGUGCAGGAACAUAUACGACUCGUUCGACAGGUACACGGAGGUGGAGGUGCUCAGCGGCGCCAACCAGUACAAGACCGAUGACUUCGGGCUGCAGGACGCCCGCAAGGGUAUCCUGUUCGAGGACUUCCCGCCGGUGCUGCAGCUGCAGCUCAAGAGGUUCGAGUACGACUUCCAGCGGGACGCCAUGGUCAAGAUCAACGACCGCUACGAGUUCUACGACGAGUUGGAUCUGGACCGCGAGGGCGGCAAGUACCUGGCCCCGGGCGCCGACCGCUCCGUGCGCAACCUGUACCGCCUGCACAGCGUGCUGGUGCACAGCGGGGGCGUGCAUGGGGGGCACUACUACGCCUACAUCCGUCCCGACGGUCAGACGUGGCUCAAGUUCGACGACGACCGGGUCAGCCGGGAGGACGCACGGCAGGCGCUGGAUGCGCAGUUUGGUGAGGGCGGCGGCGAUGACGACGGCUACUCCCAUCAGCAGCAGCACGGCCCGCAGCAGCAGCACGGCCCCGCGCCCAUGCCGCUCAAGUACGGCAAGUUCAGUAACGCCUACAUGCUUGUGUACGUACGGCAGUCGGACUGGCCCACCAUCAUGUGUUCCGUGACCAAGGAGGACAUCGCCAAGCACCUGCUGGACCGACUGGAGCGCGAGAUGAGCGACAAGGAGGCCCGCCACCGCGACAAGAUGGAGGCGCACCUGUACUGCAGCCUCAAGGUGGCCACGGACGCGGACUUCAGCCAGCAGGUGGGCGAGGUGAGCCACUUCGACCUGGUGGACCCGGAGCGGCUGCCGCCCGAGCGCUGCCACUACCGGCUGCGCAAGAACACCAAGUUCGUGGAGUUCAAGGAGGAGGUGGCCCGCCGCACCGGCAUCCCCCCCCACCGCCAGCGCUUCUGGACCUGGAAGCGCCGCACCAACGGCACCUGCCGCCCCGAGCGCCCCCUCACCCCCGCGGAGGAGCAGGCGCAGCUGGUGGACCUGCGGGAAAUGCGCGACCUGCCGCGGGAGGGGGCGGGAGGAGGAGGGGGGCAGCGCGGAGGAGGAGGAGGAGGGGCAGGGGCAGGGGCGGGGGGCAGGUCGGCGCUCAUGGACAUCCGGCUGUACCUGGAGGAGCUGCCGGCGGACCCGGCGGAAAUCCGCCCCGACGUGAGCGGCGCCGGCGGGGAGCUGCUGCUGUUCUUCAAGGUGUACGACCCGCUCAAGGAGACCCUCACCUACCGCACACACCACCUGCUAAUGCGGGGGCUGCAGGUGGGCAUGCUGGGCUCUUUCCUGCUGGAGGAGGAUGAGGACCUUCAAGCGGAGCUGCGGCAGCAGCGGGCUGGCUCCCCCGGGGCAGCCGCCAGGCCCCCCACUGCGCUGGUGUUUGAGGAAAUCAAGUUCGACCCCACCGUCAUGGUGCCGCAGCUGGACCCCAGGAAGACGCUGGCGGAGAGUGAGCUGCAGCACGGCGAUGUGCUCAUCUACCAGCGGCAGCUGCCGCCCGAGCUGGCGGCGCAGGUGCGCUACCCCACCGUGGACAAGUACCUGGUGUACGUGCAGAACAGGAGACAGGUCCACUUCAAGCGGCUGGAGGAGCCCGCUGCGCCGCCCACCGUAUCGCUGGAGCUGCUGCGGACAGCCACGUAUGACGAGGUGUGCGCCUCCCUAGCCACCGCGCUGUCCCUGCCCGACCCCACCAAACUCCGCCUCACCCGCCACAACUACUUUAGCUGCCAGCCGCAACGUACGGCGGUCAAAUGGCGCGCAGCCCCCUCCCUGGACUCGCUGCUGACCCAUGGGUCACACACCGUGGACACGCUGUACUACGAGGUGUUGGAUCUGCCGUUGGAGGAGAUGGAGCAGCUGAAGACGGUCAAGGUUUCCUUCCACAACGAGCGCGGCGAAUUCGUGGGCGAGCAGCACUCCCUGCGGCUGCGGCGGGAGACCACUGUGGCUGACCUGCUUACCGAGCUAGGCACUCGGCUUCAGCAGGCGGCGGCGGCAGCAGCAGCCAACAGGGCUGCUGCAGCGGCGGCGGCGGCGACAGGCGGGAGCCAGCCAGCAGAGGCGAGUGUGGGGGCCGUCAGCGGCGGAAACGGAGACGCCGCUGCCGAUCAGCAACAGCGGUUGAGUCAGGGCGGCACAGGCAACGGGGGAGCUGCCGUUGCUGCUGCUGCAGGGCCGCAGCCCCUGUCGCAAGCGCAGCAGGCUCAGCAGCAAGCGGAUGAGGCCGCGUUGGCUGCAGCGGCGGAGCUGGUGGCAGCAGGACGGCCCAUGCGGCUCAUGGAGCUCAUACAAAACAAGCUCUACAAGGUGGCUGACCCCAGCGAAACGCUGGAUGCGCUCAACGAAGCCUACUGGCAGCUCCGAGCGGAGUUCAUUCCCGCAGAUCAGCUGGCAGAUGGGCUGAGCGGCUCGGAUUAUCUGGUGCAUGCGGCCCACAUGCUGCUGCCGCCGCUACCGCCCAAAGCGGCGGCGUACCUCGCAGCGCAGCAGCAGCAGCAGGCAGCUGCUGCGGCGGCGGGUACGGCAGGUGUGUCGACGGAGGAAGCGGUAGCCACUGCGGUUCGGGGGGCUGGUAAGGCGGAAACGUCACCGCAGGGCCGCGGGACGUCCGGGGGUGCGGUGCCCAUGGAGGCUGAGGGCGGUGGUGGCGGCAGUGUGAAGGAGGAUAUGGAGGAGGAUGAGGCGGAAGGCGGGGAGCGGCAGGGCGGCGAUGAGGCAGGGCAGGAGAACGGGGGUGGUGGGGGUGCGGACCGGGGGGCAGCGGCGGCGGAGGAGCUGCGGGAGGGGCGGGAGGAGCUGGAGCGGGCGCUCGCGGAGAACAUGCCGGGAGCGGCGUUUGGGGAUCCAUUGCUGCUGCGGGUGCCGGAGGGGGAGACCAUGGCGCAGCUUCGAGCCAGGAUACAGGCCCUCUUCAACGUCCCCCCCGCCGACUUCGCUCGCUGGCAGCUCAUCUUCGUGGGCACCCGGCCGCCCAACGCGGUGCUGCAGCCCUCCGACAACCUCACCAACUACCUCAGCGGACAUCACAACAAGCUAGCCGUCCAGGCAACCGCAGACGCUGCCACCGGCGGCCAGACGAAUGCCUACCUCAUGGACCCAAAUAAGCUCACCCUCGCCAUCCUGCACGAUGACCGAGGAGUGGGCAACGGCCGGCGCCAACCGCCCGCCAGCAGCCGAUACGCGCACGAGAAGCCCGUCAAGAUCUACGGGUAGCCCUUCUGACCUGCUUUCUGCACGCGCCGGUGUUUGCAUGGUACGAGUGUCGGCGUCCGUCCAGGUCUGCGGGCAGCGUCUUGCCCUGCUCUCGGCGCUCGCCGGGACUAUGGAGACAUGCGAUGAUGUACGUCCGUCGGGGUGUACUGUGGAUGAACUCGAGCGGCCACGCGAUACUGCUGUUGAGCGGGUGCUGGGGCGCGGAUGGUGGAUGCUGUGGCGCGGAUGGUGUGGGUGAAGGAUGGUGAGGAGGGAAAGGAGAGGAGAGGGCUACAUGGAGAGGGAGAGGAGGAGCGGGCGGGAUCGCGGUGGUGGAGGAGGUCGUGACGAUGGUGGCAGCAGCGGUGGUGGUGGUGGUGGUGACAACGCAGGAGAGGGGAGAAAGUGAGAGGUUUUGGAGUUGCUGGUGGGUAGGAGAGGUGUGAGAUUGGCUGUAGGCGCGAGGGACUGGGGCGGCCAUGCCUUCUCUUGAGGCCUGUGCUUGGGUUCUGGGCUCUGAAGCGGAGGCGGGAUGUAAUGUGUUGGUAGGCAGUUGGGUAGUUGGUGGUACCGGUAGUUCGGAAUGGUCCGGCGAAUUGGUUGCGACGGUGGGGGAAGGGGAACCGCACACGCGAGCGCAAUCGCGGCCAGCUCCUGACGCGGGUCGAGUGUGGGUUGCUAGCUUGUUAUGCGCUUUGGUUGGGGCUCCUGCACGCCCUUGCUGGCGUGGUGAUGUUGCUGGCCUGGUUUGGUUCAGUCCAGGAGGCGGGCACUCCUAUUGUGUGGCUGUUGGUACUGUGCGCCGUCCUAGUGAGAGGACUGACCCGUGGGUCGUUGCUGUUGCAGUUGUCUUGACGUUUAAGGGCAAACUGGGGCGGUUCCUCUCACACUUAAUGUCGCGUCGUGGCGUACGUUGUGUGUGUAGGGGGGGGGGAGUAGCUGGGCAGCUGUCACUGUGGCGCGUUUUUGGAUUUGGAGGAUUUUGGGGUCCAUGUGUGUUUCUGCUGCGGAGAGUUUUGUUGCAUGUUGGCUAGGACUUAGGAGGCCUGAUUGAAGAUAUUAGCGCAGGAGCCGCGCCGGCAGGCUCGCCUGGGCGGCCGCAGCUGCUGUAGCAGCAAGCAGCGUUGCUAGCGGGGUAGCUCUCGCUAUUAGGGUAGACACCCGUAUGCGCAUGUCCUUUGCUCUGAGAUUGGGUGGGGUGCUUGGAAGGCUGGGGUGCGGGUUGUGUGCUUGAACAGGCACCCUCACAGGGGUUACCUCCAUCCGCAAGUAAGGGGCCCUGAACCUCACGCAGGUGUGAGGGUGAAGGGGCCUGAUGCCUUGGUGCUCCGGAGUAGAUGGCAUUAGGAACAGAAUGGCGCAUUUUGGAUGCCAGUGGUGGACAGCAAAUGGCUGAAGAAUGUAAGUAUGUGAUGGCGUU